AUGCGCAGACCGUUGAAUGAGCGCUCGCGCGUGCGCUCUACGUUCCAGUGGGGGGGGACACAGAGGAGCAUGAAUGGAGCAAGAUGGCGGACCCUGUGCAGGUGAGGGGGAUAUUCAGGAUCUGGGAUGACACUUGGCCGUGUAAGAGGGAAUGCAUGCUGUGCCGGGGAGGCAGGGGCUGCGCAGCGUGUCGCUUUACGGCGGCUGCGGGCAGACACACAGGGAGAGUGCAGAGAGCCAGGCAGCAGCAGCAGCAUGAGGCCUGCUGUGGGUACAGCUCCUGGAUAAACACACAGGGAACGUGGGAGCUGCACCGCCGGCUGGCAUGUUUACACCAAUACACCCAUACAGCCAUACACCCAUACAGCCGCUGUGUGCACUCAGACAUGGUGUCUGUGAGUGCUGCCACUCAGUGUGCUGAGCCUGGAUCUCCUAAGAAAACUGUGUGUGUGUGUGUUCAGGGCCCCUAAUGUACAUAUUGUAUGAUCAAACACACCACACUCUGCUAUAACUACACCACAAACUGCAUUUAUAUGCGUGCACUAGUCACAUUUUAAAGUGUGACUGUAUUAUGAUUAUGAAUACAACUGUUUGCAUGUGUGUGUGUGUGUGUGUGAGUGACCUCCUGACAGGUGUCAUGCUGCUAACCUAUGUGUCUUUUAUUAGACAUUGAGUCUCCUUAUUGUCUACCCCCAGAAUAUAAAAUGACUAUACCUGCCUACAACCUUAAUUGCAAAUGUAAAAAAAAAAUGUAAAUCUGUGCUUGCAUUCUUCACCAUUAUAAUAAUAUUUCAAAUAAAUAUUUAGAAACUGUGAUUUUUGUAUAAGAGCAUGUGUACACCUUGACAUUUAAAGGUAGAAAUGUCAGAUCAGGUAGUUGAACAUUGCCAUUGCAGUUUUAUUGCAGAAGUGUGUUUAAUCACUAUAGGACUUUAUCUACGUGACAGACAGUGGGUGUAACAUUUUAAUCAACAGGUGUGUGUAUGUGUAUAUAUAUAUAUAUUACACACACACUAUUGUAAGGAAAUACAUUUCUGUAAUUGUUGACAGUUAUGUACAUGACAUUAAUGCUGCAGAAAUGUAACAUACCUUAUAAGUAAAUAUUAGGGUAUACUAAUGGGAGGAGGUAAAGCAUUGGCUUGGGAGACCAGCGAGAUUACAGAACACUUAUAGUAAAAGGAAAUGCGAAUGUUCAUCUGUUAAACAGGAAACCUGAGAGAUAUUUUAAAUUCUUUGCAAACUUCACACAAUGAGAUAUAUAUAUAUAUAUAAUUUCAAGAAUAAUCAUUCAGAUUGUACCAGUGUAUAUUGUUGUGAUGUGUCUGUAAAUUACUACAGCUCAGAGGAAGACUUUGGUUUGUUCCCUAUACCUGAAAAUGUGGGCAUUGCCAAUUUGUGGCGAAAAUACCGGAGUCACCUAUUAUGAUCUAAAAUGUACAGUUCCGUUGAUCCAUAAUUCCUGGUUUUGUGAUUUACCCUCUUUAUGCAACAUGUCCUUCAAAAUGGCUAUAUAGAUGCUACAGUUUGGUUGUCUGACAGGAACCCACUCCCUUCUGCUCCAAGGAGCUUUAGUUGGCUCCACUGAGCUACCGGACAUGUUUUCCAGCUGCAGAGGGGGUGGACCCCCAGGUAAGGUGUCAAAUCAUUUUGUUUGACUAGUUACUGUUGCAGGGUACCAGGUUACUCCUGGUGCCAUUAAAACACUACAGAAGGCUGUAGGGGCUAUGGUGCUUGGAGCUGUGAAAACACAGGUGUCAGGAGUUAGUAAACUGAUAAAAUAUUGUACCAUAUAGACAAGCUAUGAUUAUUAUUUCAGAGAAGAGCUACAUCCUUAGUACUGUGUAAAACUAUUAAAAACUAGACUUGGCUGCCUUUAUUUUACUGUAAUAGCAAAUCUAUUAAAUUGUUAAUGUUUUUCCAAGUUUGAAAAAGUGUGAACUAUUUGAAAUUGCAUUGAGUUUUCUCUAAAGCCCACGUUUCAUCUGGCGGUAAACCUCCUUUUUGUUAUUAAAUAAGCACAUAGUACAUUAUGUGUCAUGUUGGCAUUACUUUUAACUGGUUUGCUGGUUUAAAAUUAACUGUUAAAGGUAGUUUUGUGUAAACUGUCACUUUGCAUUCCUGGGGCGGAGUUUGUGACCAGUCAUGCUGAUUUGACAUUUCAGUAACAGGCAAAGCAUGCAAAUAAGUAGUGAUGUUAUUGUGAUAGCAGCGCGGACAGGACACAUGCUGAGUUUGUAAAAACCCCAAAACUAUUUGUCUCUGGUGGGUGUACACACACACUGACCAAGAGCAGGGGAACACGGGGACUAAGCUGAUGUUGACUGGCUGAGCAACAUUACUAUAAUUUAGUUCGGACAAUGUGCUUUGUAGAAAUGAGUUUAAGUUCAGUAUUUGACUUCUUGGCAAAUUCCCUAUUUAGGUGAAGGAAUAAUAUGGGGUGAGGUUGUCCAGGAUUAUGGUCUUUUGUUUGUGUUCCAGUGGGUGUUAAGUGUUUCAUCGGGCAUGCGUUCAAAAUGAAGGUGCAUUGUUUGAGUGCUGUGUCACCCUGCCACAACUCUCACCCACUUAUCUUUACACUUUCUUACUUAUCUGGGGUGCACAGAUAGGACAGGGCGUCCACAUGAGGUGUUAUCUUCUUAUCAUAAAAAUACAUACACUCUUUUGAACAUUCUGACCCCCUUUUUCACAUGUAUCAUUAGUAUUUAAAUCUCACUUCAAAUUCAAAAACCCCCCAAAAAUAUUGAGGUUAAAAGUUCAGCUAAUCACAUGAAACCUUUCCUUUAAUAUAUUAAACAGCAAUUACAACUUUAAUAAAGUUUGUUUAUUAGAGGUCAUAUUGCAUGCAAUGCUUUGUGUUGCUAUGCAUGACAUCUAGCACUAGAAGAAACAUGGGCAGUGUAUAAAAGUGUAACUGUCCUGGGAGCCCAGUGGCUGCAUGUAUUCAUGGUUGUGUUUUUUUUGUGGAAUAGACCAGUUAUACAUAUGGUCUGUAUUACAAAGGAGAGUAAUGGGAUGUUUAUGUAUUAUGGGGAAUGUGAAGUUUAUUAUAUAUUCAGGUUGUCAUCAGUUUCAGGCUGGCUGAUGACACCCAUGUGAUACUGUGCUGAUGUAGUUAUACCACCACCAGCAGCAGAGGUGUUAACUGUACGUGCAGCUUUUCAUAGCGAAACUCUGCACAUACAGACUCCAGACACCAUAACCUCUUCAAAUUGUUGAAGUGGUCUUUUUGCUUUAAGUAACCCUUUUAUGUUCUAUUUUGGCUCCUGGCUAAUUUGUCAGGAGCUGCAUCCAUGCUUUGUAACACUGAGGUCUACGGCGAACCCCUGCGAUGAGUGAGACCAUGCCUUAAUCCCACAACCAUCACUUGUGACAGCGGCUGGGAUUGGACAAAUGUUGAUGACAAAGCUCCGCCUUUUGUCCACUUUUGCCAAUCUCAGGCUCGCCCGUAAAAAAAAUUAUUCCCUACUUUGUAAUUCUUAUGGUAUCCUUGAAAUGUGUAAGAUUUUCAAUGAAAUUCCAAUGCAUUCAGCAUCAGUAUUUCAUAAAGUGUACAUGAAAUUCUGAGACGUGACAGUCGCUUUAAUAAAAUAUGGCUCUAUUAACUAAAAGCGGCCCUGUAAAUUAAGAGUUUUUCAAAAAUAAUCUUUAUGAAAGGCUGUAUUUGCCUGCACAUUUAAAAGCUAUACAAGAGACUAAGUAGGUACUACUUUGGUUCAUGUAAUUGCCAACCUUUGCAAUGUUUAAAAUCAUAGCAGCUGUAAGACUGUCGGGCUUCCCUUGUAGUACCCAGCCUCUGUAAACUUUUGUAUGCAUCUGCAUACACAGCCUGCAUGAACAUUUCUUCUCUCAUUUUGAAGAGAGCCUGAAAAACAGCUGCAUACUCAUAUGAUUGCUGCACACAGUCUUUUUUACAAACUAUAAACAGUAGUAGCAUGACUGGUAUGGCUGCCACUAGCUUGUUCUUUUGUUUUUUGGGGGGGGGGGGUUAAUAGACAUGCCCCAUUAAGCCAUGUUAGGUGGGUUUAUUAUAAAAAUCCUUACUCCAGAAUUAGAGGCCCCCUAUGGUGUCUACCUGCUGCAUUGUUCUGUAAGUGCUGUCCAUUCUACGAAGUGUGAAGGUAUUUUUUUUAAUUUUUUUCCUUUUGUGUACGCAUUUUCAAAUGCACUAUGUAUUCCGUGCAUUAAUAUUUGAGUCAAUUAAUUCAUAUUGUGCCCCUUUAAAUGCACUACUGUCAAGAAUGUAAUCUCUUGCAUGGGGUGGCCCCAUCAAGUGUCUGUAAUGAGGCCAAUCUGUUGAUUCAUGUAGUUAAAGGAACACUUUAGUCACCCAGACCACUUUAUCUCAAUUCAAUGGAUUCUACAGUGCCAGAAAAACAAACCCGUGUUCCUGGCACUGCAGGAUCCUGCAGUGCCCCCCACCUAUGUCGCUUACCUGAAUCCAGCGCUGAUGUCCUACGGUGUUGGGUCAGGCUCCGCGUAUGCUCAGCAAUGGCGGCAUGCACGCGUUAGACCUCCCCAUUAUUCAAUGCUUUCCUAUGAGGAAAAUAUGACGCUGGAGGUCCGUGAGGACGUCCAGCAUCAGAUAACCGACCAAAGGUUGGUUUGGAUUCCAGAAGCCCUCUAGUGGCUUUCUGAUAGACAGCCACAGGGGGCAGACUUAGAGCUGCAAUGUAUAUUGCAGCACUAAGUGCAAUAGGGGCACGGCGCCCAGGCCACUUCAGUUAGCUGAAGUGGUCUAGGUACCUGGAGUUUCCCUUUAAGCGGUAUGGGUACAGUGUUCCUGUCCCUGUAAACUGCAGCUUAAUGUAUGUUCCUGUAGGCAUUUUCAUCUAAAUGCUGCUUUUCCAGAGAAAAGGCUGUGUUUACAUUACUGCCUAGUAACACCUGGCAGUCGCUCAGACGGUCACUAGAGAUGUUUCCUGGGUCAGUGCUGCAAAAUGGGCAGCUCUUACGUUCAGCUUCUCCACGCUCUACAUGGAAAUACUGAACAUUCCUCAUAGAGAUGCAUGGAGACGCUGAGCAUUCAUCAGAGAAAUGCAUUGAUUUGAUGCAUGUCUACGAGGAGAUGCAGAUUGGCAAGCGAGGUGUUUGGGAAGCAUUGGAUUGGCUGACAUUGUCAAUUUUAAAUAUCUCAGCCAAGGAGGCAGGGUGUGGGUGGAGCAGGCACCGGCCAACCUGCUAGGUGCUUAAAAAAAGGUAAGAUUUAACCCCAUUUAAAGUGGGCGGCCACCUUAAUAGUGUUUUUAAACACUGUAGAGUCAGGAAUACAGACAGAGUAAGACUUUUCACUAGUAACAAGGUAAGUAAAGAGGGGUGUUUUUUUUUUUUUAACCUUUCAGUGACGAAUACAGAUUUGUAUUCCUAAAGUUAUAGUGUUAAUUUAACAAUUCUCAAACAUGUUGCAAUUGUUUUGAGAGAUGUAUACAAUGUAAAAUAUAUAUUUAUUCACUUUUCCUCCUUUCCAGUGCUGCUUCGUGGGUGUUAGUCUUUGCAUAUCACCCACCCACGGGCCGUGCUCCGCCUCAGCUCCUCCCAAAAUGUUUUUGAUUGCUCUGCUUGGAACGCACCCCCAGACAGGGGGAACUUCGUCAGUGACAUCGGCACCCUGGCUGUGUUGCAUCACUCCGUUCCUAUACUCCUUAGCCUGCUAGAAGCACUGGCUAGGGAGUUUCCAUAGUAACCACAGGACAUGCACUGUGGUUGCUAUGGGAUGAGAGCAGAGGGACUUCUUGUGGCAGGUCUUUUCUGCUCCUCCUUGUCAUUCAGUUCCUCAGCACGCCAAGGCAUUAACUGACAGCUGGGAGAAAAACCUAUUUUUAAAUGUUUUUUUUGUUUCCCUUCUAACUAUACAUAGUUUGUAAAACUGCUAGCACAAUGUAUUGAUAAAAUAUUAUUCUCAAAUUAAUGCGCCUAAGUUGUUUGGGGCAUGAUUGGUUCUCUUUAAUCGGAGAUCAUGAGAGCCAUACCACUCUGUUCUUUUUAUAACAAUUUCUCAAUCAAAUUGAACUAUAUCCUUUAGGUAAGCGUGCUCCUUUCUUGCAAAUAACUUUAGGAAACAAGCGGUUUCUUAAGAGCAUAGUUGAGUUUACAGUAAAGCAGGUAGACUGACAUGCAAAUUUGGAGGGAUACUAUAGGCACUAAAACAACUGUAGCUUAAUAAAGCAGCUUUAGUGUAUAGAUUAUCUCCCUGCAGUUUCACUGCUCACUUUCUGCUGUUUAUGAGGUAAAUCACUUUUGUUUCUGUGCAUGCAGCCCUAGCUACACCUCCACUGACACAGCCUACAUGAAAAAAUGGUUUAAAUGAACACUAUUGUGUUAGGAAUAACUCAGUAAACACCUUUCCAGUGCCUUCUAAUCUUUCUCUGACUAAUAAUGCACAUGCAUUACGUUCCAUAGGAAAUCAUUGAAUUAAAGGGAUUCUAUAGUCACCUGAACAACUACAGCUUAAUGUAGUUUUUCAGGUAUGAUCUAUAGCUCCCUGCAGGCAAUCUAAUGUAAACACUGUAUUUUCAGAGAAAAUAUAGUGUUUACAUUGAUUGAUAGGAAUACCUCCAAUGACCGUCACUCAGACGGCCACCAGAGGGACUUCCCAUCAUGCAGGGCCCUAAAAAGGUCUUGUACACGUCAGACGUAUUAAAAUACGUCUGACGUGUGCAGGAGAGAUAAGGCACUGUGUGCGCGCCUUCUCUCUUCUGCCUGUCAGCAGAGGAGAGGGGGCGGGCAAAGACCGCGAGCUGUCAGCUCAGCUCGCGACCGCGCGCGGUAGUGCGCUCAGGACUUCAGAAGCCGCGCAUGCGCACAAGGGAGCAAUGACGCUUCCAAAUGGAAGCGUCUGAUUGCUCCCUGCUCGCGCCCGCUUAUUUCGUCAUUUUUGACAAAAUAGGGGGCGCGGCUUCUCGAGGCUCCCGGCGCUGGAACCAGGUGAGUAAAAAAUUUUGCCUGGAGAGUCCCUUUAAUGCUUUCCUAUGGGGAUAUGAUGACACUGAACAUUCUCAUACAAAAUGCAAGGACAUCCUUUUGCAGGUUCCAGAGUUGAACUCCAGGAAUAGCCAGGACGUGCCUCUAGUGGCUGUCUGGAAGACAGCCACUAGAGGUGGAGUAAACCCUGCAAUAGAAUGAAACAGAAUGUGCAGUAAAGGAGGUGUAAACAUUGCUUUUCUUUACAGGAAGUGUUUAGGAAGCAAGUUACACACAGGGAGGCGUGACUAGGGCUGUAUAAAUAAAGUGAUUUGACUCCUAAAUGGAAUAGAAUUGAGCAAUGAGACUGAAGGACCAUGAUCUAUACACCAACACUGCUGUAUUAAGCUGAAGUUGUUUUGGUGCCUAUAGUGUCACUGUAAAGUCUGAAAUGUAGUUGCUGUAAAGCAAUUUAAGUGGAACCUUUUGCAUGAGCUGUAUGCCAAAUUAAGUAAACCACCCGCUCUGCUUCCAACAUAGCCUAUAUAAAGGGAACACUAUAAUCACCUAAACAACUUGAGCUUAAUGAAGCAGUUUUGGUGUGUAGAUCAUGCCUCUCAGGUUUCACUGCUCAAUUCACUGCCAUUUAGGACUUAAAUCACUUUGUUUCUGUUUAUAAAACACUUGCCACACCUUCCCUGGCUCUGACUGACACAGCCUGCAUAAAAAAAAAAAACUGGUUUCACUUUCAAUCAGAUGUAAUUUACCUUAACCCCUUAAGGACUCAUGACAUGUGUGACAUGUCAUGAUUCCCUUUUAAUCCAGAAGUUUGGUCCUUAAGGGGUUAAACAAUUUUUUUUUUAUUUCUUGCUCUGUAAAUUGAACUUUAAUCACAUACAGGAGGCUCUUCAGGGUCUAGCAAGCCAUUAACAUAGCAGGGGAUAAGAAAAUCUAAAUUAAACAGAACUUGCAAUAAAGGAAGGUAAACAUUAGAUGGCUCUUUACAGAAAGUGUUUAUGGAAGGCUGUGCAAGUCACAUGCAGGGAGGUGUGACUAGGGUUCGUAAACAAAGUGAUUUGACUCCUAAAUGGCAGAUAAUUGAGCACAGAGAUCUAUACACCAAAACUGUUUCAUUAAGCUAAAGUUGUUUUGGUGACUAUAGAGUCUCUUUAACCCCUUAAGAACCAAACUUCUGGAAUAAAAGGGAAUCCUGACAUGUCACACAUGUCAUGUGUCCUUAAGGGGUUAAGGUACUGAAUAACACAAUAAGGGAUUUUAUGAUCAAAUGUGUUUUUCAUUUAAUUCACAGUUGUCAAGUCACUUGUAGAGUACAUAUUCUGGUCAAUGUCUCGUGAUGGUUAUGAUGUUAUUUGUAUUGCAUGAUGUGACUUUUUUGAUUUUCUAUUUUGUUAGAGUCUAGCUCAGCUAGAGAUCCUGUGCAAGCAGCUAUAUGAGACAACAGACACCAGCACACGUUUGCAAGCAGAGAAGGCUCUAGUGGAGUUUACAAACAGCCCAGAGUGUCUGAGCAAGUGCCAACUGCUCCUGGAGAGAGGCAGUGUAAGUGUGGUGCUUUAAGAGUUUGCAUGUGUAGAAUUAUCAGGAUGUUUUCUCAUAGGUUAGUAAUUACUCUUUUAUCUUGGAAUAAUGGGACAUCAUUCGCAAGUAAUGUUAAAAAGAUCCUCUCAGCCCCAAAACAAAUUUAGCUUGGUUUUGCCUCUGUCGACUCGCUUUUCAAUUUUCUGUUACUUAUGAAUUAACCCCUUAAGACCGCAGCCAAAUGUACAAGUUGUGAUCAAAACAAAACCUGGCAUUUGCGCUAUAUGUCUGUCCAACCGUAAUUUACCUCUUUCAUAAUAAAUGCACCCAUACAUAUUAUAUAUCAUUUUAUUCAGGGGAAACAGGACUUUCAUUUUACUUUAAAUAUUUAGGUAUGGAACAUAAUUUAAUAUGAAUAAAAAAUGGGAGAAAAUAAGAAUUUUUUUAAAUUUUUUUUAUAAUUCUUUAUUUUUUAGUUGCAUAAAGAAACAAUACAUGAGCUCGUCAUGCCCCAACGGCUGUGACGAGGCUGAGCAUUAGUUUACAAUAACAUUACGUUAACAUGUAUUAAGAAAAAUAGAAAAGCUAACAGCAACAUUUUAUGGGUUAACAUAUAUUGCUUGGGUGUUCCUGUCUAGGCAUUUAGUGCGUUUUAUGCCCUUCUGGUAGCAAUUUUCUCUAUGUGACAUUUUAACUGUGAAUGUCAAAAUAUUGUUUGCUUUUACUGCAAUAAAAUACACAUAUUUGUAUUCAGCGAUGUCUCACGUGUAAAACAGUACCCCCUAUGUACAGGUUUUAUGGUGUUUUGGGAAGUUACAGGGUCAAAUAUAGCAUGUUACACUUUUCAGUUUUUUUUCACAUUGAAAUUUGCCAGUUUGGUUACGUUGCCUUUGAGACUGUAUGGUAGCCCAGGAAUGAGAAUUACCCCCAUGAUGGCAUACCAUUUGCAAUAGGAAACAACCCAAGGUAUUGCAAAUGAUGUAUGUCCAGUCUUUUUUAGUAGCCACUUGGUCACAAACACUAGCCAAAGUUAAUGUUAAAGGACCACUCUAGGCACCCAGACCACUUCAGCUUAAUGAAGUGGUCUGGGUGCCAUGUCCCUCUAGGAUUAACCCCUUUUUUUUUUUUUAUAAACACAGCAGUUUCAGAGAAACUGCUAUGUUUAUAAUAGGGUUAAUCCAGCCUCCAAAUCCUCUAGUGGCUGUCUCAUUGACAGCUGCUAGAGGCGCUUGCGUGAUUCUCACUGUGAAAAUCACAGUGAGAACACGGAAGCGUCCAUAGGAAAGCAUUGUAAAUGCUUUCCUUUGAGACUGGCUGAAUGCAUGCGCAGCUCUUGCCGCGCGUGCGCAUUCAGCCGAAAGGGAGGAUCGGAGAGGAGGAGGAGAGCUCCCCGCCCGGGGCUGGAAAAAAGGUAAGUUUUAACCCUUUCCUCUCCCCAGAGCCGGGCGGGAGGGGGACCCUGAGGGUGGGGGCACCCUCAGGGCACUGUAGUGCCAGGAAAACGAGUGUUUUCCUGGCACUAUAGUGGUCCUUUAAUAUUUGUGUGUGAAAAAUGCAAAAAACUCAUUUGAAUGCCAAUUUUGGCCAGUGUUUGUGACUAAGUGGCUACUAAAAAAGACUGAACAUACUCCAUUUGCAAUACCUUGGGUUGUGUACUUUUGCAAAUGGUAUGCCAUCAUUGGGGUAAUUCUUAUUCCUGGGCUACCAUACGGUCUCAAAGGCAACGUAACCAAUCUGGCAAAUUUCAAUGUGAAAAAACUGAAACGCAAGCCUUAUAUUUGACUCUGUAACAUUUGAAAACACUAAAAACCUGUACAUGAGGGGUACUGUUAAACUCAGGAGACUUUGCUGAACACAAAUGUGUUUCAAAAUAGUAAAAAGCAUUACAGCAAUAUCGUCAGUGUAAGUGCUGUUUGUGUGUGAAAAAUGCAAAAAACUUCACUUUCACUGACAAUAUCAUCGCUGUGUUCAGCGAUGACUCCCGAGUAAAACAGUACCCCCCAUGUACAGGUUUUUUGGUGUCUUGGAAAGUUAUCGGGUUAAAUAAAGUGCUAGCAAAUUAAAUUCCCUAUACUUUCGGCCUGGGUUGUCAGGCAGAUACCGCAAAUUGUAAUUAAUAAAGGGACCUAAUUAUGUAAAAUUACGUGUGUGUGUGUGUAUAUAUGUAUGUAUGUAUGUGUGUGUGUGUGUAUAUAUAUAUAUAUAUAUAUAUAUAUAUAAUAUAUGUGUGUGUGUGUAUGUAUAUACAGUUGCAAGAAAAAGUAUGUGAACCCUUCGGAAUGAUAUGGAUUUCUGCACAAAUUGGUCAUAAAAUGUGAUCUGAUCAUCAUCAUCUAAGUCACAACAAUAGACAAUCACAGUCUGCUUAAACUAAUAACACACAAAGAAUGAAAUGUUGCCAUGUUUUUAUUGAACACACCAUGUAAACAUUCACAGUGCAGGUGGAAAAGUAUGUGAACCCUAGACUAAUGACAUCUCCAAGAGCUAAUUGGAGUGAGAUGUCAGCCAACUGGAGUCCAAUCAAUGAGAUGAGAUUGGAGGUGUUGGUUACAGCUGCCCUAUAAAAAAACACACACUAGUUCUGGGUUUGCUUUUCACAAGAAGCAUUGCCUGAUGUGAAUGAUGCGAUCUGCAGCGGCCAUGUGCCGCUGGCCACGUGGGAGGCAUAGAACGCCCUGCGGUCUUAAGGGGUUAAAGCCGUUUUGUUUAUGCUGCCACAGUUCUCUCCCUGGUACGACUGACACAACCUCCCUACACACAUCCUGAAGAAGAUAAAUAAUGUUUAAACUUGCCUCAUCGCAGUGUGUUUAAUUUAGAAUGUUUCUCAUGCUCUAUUAAUUGCCUGCAGCAGCCGCCUCUGUAUAAUUUAAGUUCAACCAACAGAGGUAGAGAUAACACGUAAACACAAUCAGAAUUAUUUACUCAAGAGAGAAUUUUGCAAAUUCAAAAGUGAAUAUCUAUCACAUUUUAGACCAAAAUAGCUGAAGUAGUCACAUAGCUGCCUUUUUUUUUUUUUUCUUCAUAAUUCAGAUAUUUUGGCCAUAAAUUAGAAAUUCACUUUAAAUUUCUCCAGUUCUCACUUUGGUUAAAAGGAUCCUAUAGUGCCAGGAAAACAAACCUGUUUUCCUGGCACUGUAGGCUCCUAGACUGCCCACCUACCUCAGGUUAAAACCCCUUCAGCCACUUACCUGAAUCCAGCGCCGAUGUCCGCCCAUGGUUCUCCCCAGCCGGCGGGGGACACCUAAUGCGCAUGGGUGGCAAUGGCCGCGAGUGCAUUAAUUGUAGAAAGUGUAUAUGUGUUUGUGUAUGUAUGUGUGAAUUGGUAUCUGCCUGUAUGAACGAGUGCAUGAAUGGUUCAGUGUGUGUGUGUGUGUAAAUGGUUUGGUAUGUGUGUAAGUAGCAAUUUUGCCUGACUGCUAAAUUCUAGGGACAUUUGUCAUUCCCUGUUCUACCUGCACGCUUUUUUUUUUUUUUUUAACCUCCUUACCAGCAUUGUAUGAGUUAAUUCCAUUAGCUUGCAAGGCACUUAAUAUUAGAAUGUCUGCUCCCUUAUAUAUGGAGAAAUUGAUUGUGUUCCCCAGAUAUUGUCAUUUGUAUCCAUCUCAGGGUUCCAUAUUAAACUUACUAAAUCAUGAUGCUUGGCCGCUAGUAAUAACUGAUAUUCAUUGCUCCUGCUCAAGAAAUGCAGAAGCAGCUUGACCUAUGGCUACCCCUGAGCCUUUGUAAAUUCGCACUGCACAAGUCAUCAAAUUGGAACAGUGAUCCUUUCUUCUGUUGCUUUUAACAUACUCAGUUUGCCUUUCAGUGCCAGCCCUGUCCUUGGUGGCUAUAAGAUAUUUGAUUACUAAUGUAUGCUUUCUUUUUGAGAGGGGGGUGUCUACAAAAUGUAAAAAAAAAAUAAUUCUAUUUUAAUUGAAAUUAUUUUAUGAUUUAAGUCAAGUACCCUUGGUGGCCUAUGUAUACAAGAAAGUAUGUUGGUGGUUUUUAUUUUUUUAUUUUAUUUUUUUAUCAUCUGUGGCUAGGAAGGGGAUAUUACACUCCCUGGUGGUUCAUUGGCUGGGUGUAUGUUGGCUUCCAGGGGGUUUCACAUUUUAGAGGGGAUGGCCGGGAUCCAGCAUUCGCUAUCUUCUGUUUCCGUAAGCUCCUCUCUCCAACUCUUUUGAGACUGGUAUGCCGAGCGGAGUGUUGCCGUGGUAAAUGUCAUUUUAUGAAGAAAGUUUCUAAUUUGCUUUUUUUUUUUUUUUCUUCUUCUUCUUCCAGUCCUCAUACUCCCAGCUUCUGGCUGCUACUUGCCUGACCAAACUGGUGUCAAGGAGCAGCAAUCCCCUUCCACUGGAACAGAGGAUCGAUAUCCGUAAGUACAUUUCAUUUCUGUCUGAGACUUUCUUGCUCAUUGUAGUUGAGUGGCUUAAUUGUUUAUUUUUAGAGUCUAGCAGUGACAAAAUCUAAUAAUCAUCUCUUGGUAAUACCAGAAUGUUCCAAAUAUUUGUACUGGCAUGCUUCCACCAUUCUGAUUCAUUAUCCUUAAUGCUUACCUAUCUAAUUAGCUUAGGAAUACCUGACUAUUCAUUAGCAAUUUUGCAGGACCAGUGACUUACCGGAAUAAUGUGAUGUUGCUGAAAACUGGUCCUGAGAAAGAUUCUCACUAGUUUGAAAACACUGUCAAAAAGUUUCAAAAACUUGGUUAAAAAUAAUCAGCUGUUUCACUGACAUUUAAAGAGGUAGAAAGAAAAACUAUUUUGUACUUGCACAACUCUUUCUGCUUUAUAUCUACCUUUCCAGCAUGCACCUACUUUGCCUUUUCCUUAUAAACUGCUCAUUUCAUUUGAAAUUUAAUACAAAAAGUUGGAGGGGGUGAAUGUUUCUUGUUAUGAAGCUAAAACUGACAUUUAAAGUGCUCAAUUUACAAAUGUUGUAAAUUUGUACAGGGUUACUGUGCAUUUAGAACAAUAGAAUGUAUUUAUGGUUAUAUUUCUAUAUAGAAACUAAUCAAAAGGUAAUAUUUAACACCUUCCUAAUCAACAUAUUCUUGAGCAGUUUCAUAGUUUGCCAAAGUUAAACAAAUCAAUUGGUACUCAAAAACGGGACUUGAAAUGGUGUUAGUUUGCAAGCAGGGUUCAGGAGAGAUUUUUUUUUUUUUUAACAGCCCCUGGAAGUUUCAAGGAUGCUGAAUUAUUGUGUGUGUGUGUGUUUGCAGCAGAGAAAGCUGCAGGGAUUCCUUCAUCUCCUGAGCAGUAUCCCAAGUCAGUGUGCAGUGAUAAUGUCACAUCCUACCAGCCCUAUGCAUGAAUACAGGUGUACUUUUGUGGUAGAAAACCUGAAACUGUCUCUGUUGGCAAAGCAUAAACACACAGUUCACAUCUAUUAGACCCCAAUUGCAGGGCUGCAGAUCUCCCAAACAUCCUUGUUUUUGGGAAAAAAAAGAUAAGCAGCAAGGAGAAGGAAAAUGUCAUAUAUGAUUUAAGUGCUUAAUAUUUUUUUUUUCCUUAAGAAAUUAUCUUGAUAUAUAUAAAUGGACAAGAACUUACUGAAAUGUUUACAUUGGUACAAAAGGUGAUUGAUAUUUUCACAGAAGAUGGCGGCUCUCUCUUUAGUGAUAUCCAUGCGUCAAUGUUUUUCCUGUGCCCUGCAUGUGAAAGUUCUGAUUUGAUUGUCUUCUCUAACAGGGAACUACGUGCUGACAUACUUGGCUACGAGACCCAAGCUUGCCUCAUUUGUUACCCAGGCUCUGAUCCAGCUCUAUGCCCGAAUCACGAAACUUGGCUGGUUUGACUGUCAGAAAGAGGAUUAUGUGUUCAGGAGCGUCAUUGUGGAUGUAACACGCUUCCUGCAGGUCAGAAGUCACUGAGUGUUGCAAUUUCAGUUCGUUAACCUAGAGUGCCUCACAUAAUACCUUCUUUUGUCAAACAUGUUGAGUAUCUGUAUUAAUCCCUAAAUAGCAGUUACACAUUAAAAUAUGUUUGUCUAAUGUAGUGAGUUCUUAAAUGUUCAUGUUUUUUUGGAAAAUAAGCCAAAUUAUAUUUAAAUAUUUGAGAUCUUUGAAUAUGCUGUUUAUUAGUCCAUGCUUUGGACCAUUUUUACACCAUUUUCUAACAUAGUAUCUAAAUAAGGCUGAAAUCAUUUUGUCACAAUACUUGCUGCUAUUUCUAUCAGACACAUGAAGAAUGUCUAUGGUGCUCUAUAAUACUGGUUUCAGUCACUGUAACUAAUAGCUUUGUGUCUCUCUUUAGGACAGUGUGGAUUAUUGUGUGAUUGGAGUUAGUAUUUUAUCACAACUCACCAAUGAAAUCAACCAGGUGAGUGACCACCACUAAAUGCUCUGAUAUAAAUAUUUCCAUGUAUAUUGUUAAUACGGCAAUAUGUUUCCUUAUUUGUGCAUUAAUAAAUCAGUCUUGAAUUAUAUAGCCUCAUUUGGGGGAGGGGAAAUGGCUAUUAAAUGUUUAAAUAAAUAAAUAAAUAAAAAAGUGUGUGUUUUGAAAUAGAUUAUUGAGAAAACACUGUGUUUUAAACGCUCUGUUGGCUUCCUACAAAAUAUAUAGUGUGCAUGCAGACCAUAGAUGAAUCACCAUUGGUUACUUUUGGGUUGUUUUCGCAGUCUGACACUGGGUUGGAACUUGGUAUGUACAGCCAAACGCUACACUUCAAUUAAAUCAGCAGCUUUUGAUAUCCAGAUAGUUUUAUUCAGUCUAAGAGGAAGCGCCUAUAGUGGUUCUCAGAAAGACAUCCACUAGAGUUAAAUUUAGCCCAGUAGUGUAAACAUUGCAUGGUUACAAUAACUCCACCUCUGUACUCAGUCAACUUCAUAGAAAUUAAAUGGUUUGGCUGACUAUAUUGUUCCCUCUUUUUUUUUUUUUUCUUCUUUCUUUUUGUCAGGUACUAAUUUGAUAACAUAGUACAUUGUGAGUUUAGCUUUACAUACAGUACUCGAUUUUCACAAUGUCAUAACACUUAAAAAAGAAAAUGUAAUACAGUUAAAAACAGAUGCAGGUGUUUAGAUUUUCAUAACAAAAUGCAUUUACCAGGUGUAGGCUUCUUUCAUACGCCAUUGUGGUCAUGUCACACCCCUUCCGAGACAGUGACAAAAGGUGAUUUUCCUCGCUCUAGUAUUGGUUACCUGGCCCCAGCUGGGUUGCUACUAAAAGCAAUUGAGAAGGAUUUUCUCCCCCAUACCGUUUGCGUAGCAAAAGCAUCCAAGAUAGAGAUAAAAUGACAAAAAGUAAAAGGCAAAAAACAGAAUGAGUGAGUAUUUUUUUUCAUAGUGCCUUUAAUUAUUCAGGUUGCCUAGUUUAGGUAGGUUGGGCAAGACUGUGUUCCUUUCAUAGAGGAAAAAGCCGUGAUAUUUCAGAAUUAUACUAAAGUUUAAAGGAUCACUAUAGUGUCAGGAAAACAAACUUGUUUUCCUGAUACUAUAUCAUCCUUAGGACUUCCCCUCCCUUGGCGCUGAAGGGGUUAAAACCCCUUCAGUUACUUACCUUAAUCCAGCGCCGGGCUCCCUCGGUGCUGGUGACCUCUCCUCCCCCGCCGACGUCAGCUCCCGGGUGGAGCUUAAAGGACCACUAUAGUGCCAGAAAAACAUGCUUGUCCCCCUCCUGCCGGGCUCUAGGGGGAGGAAAGGGUUAAACUUACCUCUUUCUCCAGCGCCGGGCGGGGAACUCUCCUCCUCUUCCCCGGCUGAAUGUGCAUGCGCAGCACGAGCCGUACGCGCCUUCAGUCAGUCCAUAGGAAAGCAUUCACAAGAGCCAAGCGCGCAUUUAAACAGUCCAUAGGAAAAAAUACUCAAUGCUUUCCUAUGGACGUUCUGCACACCGAAUGCGAUUUUUCGCAUUCAGUGUCACAGAAGCGCCUCUAGCGGCUGUUCGAAAGACAGCCACUAGAGAUUGGAUUGAUCCUGCAAUGUAAACAUAGCAGUUUCUCUGAAACUGCUAUGUUUACAUCUGAAGGGUUAAAACCUGGGGGACCUGGCAUCCAGACCACUUAAUUGAGCUGAAGUGGUCUGGGUAACUAUAGUGUCUCUUUAAUACUUUCACCAUAAGGUAAAUGUGCUUACAAAAAUAUUACUAGAACAAACCUCAUUCAUAUGCUUCUGAGAACUGUAGUUCUACUUGAGAAGGCAUAAAAUUGAACUUCUAUUCACAGAAACCUCUGCUGUGUCAUAAAAAAAUUUAUUUGGGUAUUAGUUCUGCAGUGUUAUAGGAAGUUGGUAUGCAUCACUUCCUGGUUUAAUAACUGCAGUAAAGUCUGUUUUUUUUUUUUAAUUAUUUUUUUUUUUUAUUUGCAGAAAAUUCAGUUACUUAAGAUCUUAGAAUCUUUUAUUAUUUUAAUUUUUUUUACAUUAAAAAUAAUUGAUCAACAACAGUACUUAGCGAGUCUUCAUAUAAAUUACCAUGUGGUAAUAAAGUGCGUGGUGAUGGUGCAACGAAAAUGUCUAAUUAGAGACACACUGUGGGUUGUUUUUUUUGGGGGGGAAGGGGGUUGUUUUGUUUUUUUUUUAAGAAGGGUACUACAGUAGCAUGUUUAAGGGCAGCAGGGACAACACCAGAAGAGAGAGAGCAGUUAAAGAUGUGUGUUAAGGGAGGCACAAGACAAGAGGAGAGAGAUCUGAUAAGGUGAGAUGGUACAGGAUCAAGCAGGAAAGUGGUGGGUCAAGUGGAAAGGAGAAGCGCAGCCACUUCUUCACUUCAGUAGCCUGGGAGAAAGUCUGAAGGAUAGGAAAGGCAUGACCUAAGUGUAGUUGAGAAAGAGAGGGGCAUGGUGGGGAGAAUUCUUUCCUUAGCUGUUCAAUCUUGUCGGUAAAGUAGCAUGCAAAGCUAUUGGCUGUAAGGUUAGUUUGGGGGGGUGGCCACAGCAGGGAAAAGAAGGGAGUAAAGGCAUUGAAAAGAUGACUGGGAUUGCAGGAGCAUGAGCUGAGGGAGGAAAAGUAUGACUGUUUUGCAAGGGCUGUGCUGUAUGAACGCAACAUGACUUUGUAAUGGAGGAAGUCAGACUGGCUAUGUGCCUUCCUCCAGCAGCGUACAUGAGUGACUAUAUAAAUUUAUUAUGCUUGAGUGUGUCUUAAAAUAAAUGUGUUCAUUCCUCCACAGGCAGAUGCCACUCAUCCCCUGACCAAACACCGUAAAAUUGCCUCAUCUUUCAGAGACUCCUCUCUUUUUGAUAUCUUCACUCUGUCCUGCAACCUUCUGAAACAGGCAUGUGUAUAAUAAUCUUGUGUAUAAUAAUUUGUGUGAAAGCACAUCAAAGUACUGUAUAUAUAUAUUUACAAUUCUAUGUACAUAAAUCCUCUGUAUACAAUAUGUAUAUAAAUCCUGUAUAUACAUGUGUUUAUGUGGCUUUAUAUUUGUGUUCUUGUUAAGUAAGAUUGACAUUUGCUAUGGUUUAGGGACUGUGUCCAAGUUAGCAGUAUGAUGCCACCAAAUUAGCAAACUUGUGUUCCCAAGAUAAGUGGGGAGAGGGGAACGACCUAAAAUGUGUCUGUCUGAGCACAUUUUAUUACGGUAGAAGUAAAAGAUAUAGUAUAGACAACAGAUUGUUACAAAAAAAGAGAUUUCUGUUUUAAACACUAGACCUCUAUUAAAAUGUUUACAGAUAAAGGGGUAGAUCAAUAUUCAAUGUAGGGAACAGCACUUUAUAAAACCUUACAUGUAGACAAUUAUCAUAUUAAGAGGUUCGGUGUUUCAAGCCGUGGAGUUGGCACCAACUACUCACUAAAACCCUGCAAAGAGAAAAGUAAGUUCCAGGCACUCGGUUAUACAGGGCUUGGCAUCUUCUGUAAUGGAGCAUAUCACAUAGGCAAUGUUUUGGUCACUAUCGGAGACCUUUAUCAAGCCAUAGAAUACAUGUAUACACACCGUGUUUAAAUACCAUUGUAUUAAUAAACAACAUAUCAAAAUAGCUCAAGGUUGUGUUAAACAGGUGAAUUUAAUAAGAACCAUACCUAUAGUAUAUGUUAAUCUCCCCUCAUGCAAGGCGUGAGGACAUCCAGCGUCAUUUAGAUGACCAAAAGUCAUCUUAAGAACCUGGAAGUCCCUCUAGUGGCUAUCUGGGAGACAGGCAGUGGAGGAGGACUUAAUCCUGCAAAGUGAUUAUUGCAGUUUAUAAAAAAAAAAAAAACUGCAAUAAUAACACUUGCAGGGUUAAGAGUGAUGGGAGUUGGCACCCAGACCACUUCAAUGGGCUGAAGUGGUCUUGGUGCCUACAGUGUCCCUUUAAGCAGUUAGAUAUGAUGUAAAUAAGUACUGAAUUUAAAUGCACUUUAUAAUAUUGGCCACAAGAUGGCAUUCACCUUACUUUUUUAAUGGGUUUCUGCACAUAUUAGCACCAAAUGGCUAGGUAUUUUUAAUAUUUGAAUUGGCUUUCAUGUUUGCUAUAUAAAAAAAUAAAAAUCUUAGAAUGUUCUGUUUUUCUAGUAUAUAUGUAUUUAAUGUGUUCUGUUUUCUCAUGGCCUAAUGACUGGUCACACAGGACUCUUGUGGAGGGUGGGAUGGGGGUGAGUUCUGCAGUUUUGCAGAGUGCCAGGACUUCUUUUUUUUUUUCUUUUUUUUCUUUUAUGCUGAAUAAUAAACAUUUAGCCAAAGACCAUAAACGGUGGUUGUGGUGGUUACACUGCCUUUUUUUUUUUUUUUAAAGGGACACGUCAGAGGGACAAUAUAGUGCUAGUUAUACAUCUGUCUUUUUAACGCUAAAUUGUUCCUUUAAACCCCUAAAUGACAGAGAAUUGAGAAGUGAACUAAGCAUAAAACUGCUUCAUUAAGUUGUUUUGGUGUAUGUUCCUUUAAACUUAAAAUGUGUGGAUUUGAUAUUUUGCUUUUUGUAUUGUUUUUUUUUUUUUUUCAUCCCAGUAUCUUCUAUUUCCCAGGAUACACUGAAAUUGGUGAAAGCUAAAUGUACAUUUCCUACUCACAUUACAUCAAUUUUAGUUUUUUUGUAAAUUCGCCCUUUUUAAGUCCAACUCCACUCUAUAUAGCUACAUCAAAUACAAACAAAAUAUAUAUUUGACUUAGUGGAUCUUAUUAUUUUUUAGGCCUCAGGGAAGUCGCUGCUCCUUUCUGAUGGGUCUCAGCAUGACCUCCUCAUGCAACUUCUCAAGCUUACUCACAAUUGUCUGAACUUUGACUUCAUUGGUACUUCUACAGAUGAGUCCUCAGAUGACCUCUGUACUGUGCAGAUCCCUACUAGCUGGCGCUCAGGUGAGUCUUAUCCAUUUUCAGAUGGCAUAUGUCAGAAUAGGAGUGGGGGUUUUCUUUCAUAGAGCUAGCAGUUUACAGAUUAGGUACAGGAACACUUUGCAUGGACAUACUUUUGAUACAAUUCAAUAUUGAGAUGAGAAAGAUGUACAUAAUAAAGAAAUUUACUUAACCAGUGUGCAUCUCUUCAGCUUUCCUGGACUCCUCCACACUACAGCUCUUCUUCGACCUGUAUCAUUCCAUUCCCCCCAACUUCUCCCCACUGGUAAGUUCUCACUCUGGAUGAGUGACAUAAUAUGAUCAGCUUUUAUUUUUCUUCUCAUGUGUCAAUUAGAGCUCCACUGUUAUAAUUACUGACUUAUGACUAGUUUCUAGUCUUGUUGGACAAAUAGUUUCCAUAAGCUGUCGCUACUAAUUACCAAUAUGUUUCUAAUGUUAAUAUUUUUACCAGCUGGUAUCCCAAAAUCCCUGCUCAAAAAGAUACCUAUCAGUCUCAUGUCAGCAUAUUGUUGGUGAUGCACAGCUUCACAUGCUGUUGUAAAUUAUCAUCAUAGCAACUACAAUUUGCCUGUAAAAAUGGCUCACUAUCAGCAUGCAUGUCUUUAGCAGGACAUAGCAACACUGUAUACAACAUAUCAAACUGUGAUUUUGUGCUAUGCCAGAUACAUAUAAAUUAAAUCUUUUAAAGUAUAUUUCUGGUUUCUGUAUAGUUCAUAGUAAAGGAACACUAUAGUGUUAGGAAUAAUACAACUUUAUAUUACUAACACUAAAGUGUUUUUCUGUAAAGCGUGAGAAUGUCCAGCGUAGUUUCACAGAAUUAACUCAGUGAAACCGAAGGAAGCACCUCUUGUGGCUAUCUGGUAGACAGUCACGAUAGACAGUCUUAUCUCUGCAAUACAAACUGUAAUGUUUUAUAUUGCAUGACUAAGGGUGUCUGUAAAGAAUACUUUCCUUUUUCCUUUUUUUUUUUAUUUUAUUUUAUUUAUUUUUUUUAUUUUAUUUUACAUCUUGUUUAUGGCCCUUUUUCCAAAUUAUAUUUCUCUUUGAUAUAGCUAGAAUUUUAUUAUAGCAGGUAAGGGGGAGUUAGCUGUAAUUAACUUCUUUGCAACAGGCCAGAGACAUUAAAAACUAAACUAAACUGCCCCUAAACUGUUGCAACAGAGUUGGUAAUCAUUCGGUAAAGAGCGGUUAUUGGCUCCCAUAGAGAAUAAUGGAAGCUGUUAACUACUCCUUAACUAAAGGGAUUACGUGGCAGCUGCAUUUUACACCCUGUCACUACUUGUGAAAUUUGUCAGUCAGUAAAGAGCCUCUAUUCACUAACUGUACUGACGGGCACUAUACAGAACAGCAGUAAAAGGUAGCAGCAAGACUGCAAACAAGUCCUUACUCUCUGAUUUGGGCUUGGCUUUCUUUUCCUCUACUCUUUCCUCUGUUUGUUACAUCUGCUCUUUCUCCUUUCACUAUCAGUUUUGUGCAUACCAUCACUAUUUGCCUAUAUUUCCCUGUUUCUUUCAAAUGCUAAUUAUAUAACUGUCUUUUACCCCAGGUUCUGUCCUGUCUAGUUCAGAUUGCCUCUGUACGCCGCUCCCUAUUUAAUAAUGCAGAAAGAGCCAAAUUCCUUUCUCACCUGGUGGAUGGAGUAAAGAGGAUAUUGGAAAACCCCCAGGUAAUGGAAUGAGGAUUCCCAAUUUAUUUAAUAUAUAUUUACAAAAAAAAUCAUGGAAACCCCAAGUUAUUGCAUCAAAUUUAUAUAUCCUAACCACUUUAAAAGUUUAUUGCAGCUGCUAAUAAUAUAUGUUGACUAAGAUUUAUUAGGAACAACUGAGACUUUGAUUAUAAUUCUAAAUAUUUUUAGAUCUAUAUUUCAGUUAUUGGUGAUAUCUGGCACAUCAGCGCUCCUGAUUAGACUUAAAUAUUGUAUAAUUCAGUGAAUUUUUAUCCAACAUCUGAUAGCAAUAUAGUGAGAGCAAUGGUAAUAGGUGAUCUCCCGCAUCCUGAGUGACAUUUAUGUUGGUCUUAACUAAUUUAUCCAUAGAGUUUGUCUGACCCCAAUAAUUACCAUGAGUUUUGCCGACUGCUUGCCCGUCUGAAGAGCAAUUACCAACUUGGGGAACUAGUCAAGGUGGAGAAUUAUCCUGAGGUCAUCAGACUGAUUGCUAACUUCACAGUCACAAGUCUACAGGUACAGAAGAAAAUGAUACGGCGAGAAUGCACACUCUGGCUAAAUGAGAGAUUUAGUCCCAUUCUGCAAGGAAAUCUAUGAACAUAAAACGAGCAUGCAUAUAUCACCUGUAGAAUAGGAUGUCUGUCUGGGAUUUGUCAUACCACAGAUUAGAGCAUGCAGUUACACCUACAUGGGGAUAGUUGUUUGUAAUAGGUAAUAAAGUAGCCUGUCCAUUUACAGUGGUCAUACAGGCUUCAUCUUGGGAGUACAUAUGUUACAAUGAUAAGACUACUGCAGUCAAAUUGUACUUUAGCCUGAGGUCAAAGGGAUAAAACCAAUUACAGACCAUCCCUCAGGAAUGUGUCUUGACAUUGCUUGAUAAAGACACAGUUGAAACGUUGAUGUUUGCCAAUAAAGGGAUACCAUUUUUUUUCACAAUAAGAAGUGCUGGACAUUUUUUUUUUUUGUAAUAUGUCAAAAGAAGUGUCUAAAUUUGUAGUAAUUGCUAAUGAAUGUGGCAGCAGUUUAGGUGCGCCAAUACAAUAAUUAUUGUAAAUGUUUCUUGUUGCCUUCAGCACUGGGAAUUUGCACCAAACUCUGUGCAUUAUCUCCUAAGUUUGUGGCAACGUCUUGCGGCAUCUGUUCCUUACGUGAAGGCGACAGAGCCUCAUCUUCUGGAGACCUACACGCCAGAGGUGACAAAGGCCUAUGUCACAUCUCGCCUGGAGUCUGUGCACAUCAUCCUCAGGUACCAAAUUAUGGCUGUUUUGGGGCAACAUUUUUUUUUAAUUAAAAUCUUCCCACUGUAUAUAAUAUUAGAUCAUUGCAUUUCACACAUAUAUCUUCAUACGGCUCAAUUUAUCUGUAAGCCUGUAUAAAAAAAGUUUGUUUGAAUGGCAGUAACUUUUUGGUUGUGCUUUGCAGGGACGGGCUGGAGGAUCCUCUGGAGGAUGCCGGUCUAGUUCAGCAGCAGCUGGAUCAGCUCUCUACCAUUGGACGCUGCGAGUAUGACAAAACCUGUGCUCUAUUGGUGCAGCUUUUUGACCAGUCAGCCCAAACUUACCAGGAGCUGCUACAAAGUGGGUCUGCCCCCAGCAUGGAGCUUACUGUUCAAGAAGGUGAGUACUACUAUUUAAAGGACCACUAUAGUGCCAGGAAAACAUACUCGUUUUCCUGGCACUAUAGUGCCCUGAGGGUGCCCCCACCCUCAGGGUCCCCCUCCCGCCCGGCUCUGGAAAGGGGAAAAGGGGUAAAACUUACCUUUUUCCAGCGCUUGGCGGAGAGCUCUCCUCCUCCGAUCCUCCUCUUCUCCUCCCCGUCGGCUAAAUGCGCACGCGCGGCAAGAGCUAGGCGCGCAUUCAGCCGGUCACAUAGGAAAGCAUUCAUAAUGCUUUCCUAUGGACGCUGGCGUGCUCUCACUGUGAAAAUCACAGUGAGAAGCAUGCAAGCGCCUCUAGUGGCUGUCAAUGAGACAGCCACUAGAGGAUUAGGGGGAAGGCUUAACCCAUUCAUAAACAUAGCAGUUUCUCUGAAACUGCUAUGUUUAUGAAAAAAUGGGUUAACCCUAGCUGGACCUGGCACCCAGACCACUUCAUUAAGCUGAAGUGGUCUGGGUGCCUAGAGUGGUCCUUUAACAGAGUUGUUCUUAUAUCAGCAAGCUGUUUUGUGGUCCUGCUGUUUGAUUUUCUUUUGGGUUCCCCCUGUCCUUGCAUAACAUUCAUACAACAUUCCACAAGCUGGCUCAUUUAAAUGAACAUUCCAAAGUUAAAAACUAAUUUCAACAAGAUUAGUGUUUCUUUAAUCAUUUAGGUACCAAAUGCACCCCAAGAAAAUAUUAAAGAUUGCUUUCCUUUUUAUUAGAUGAAAUUGAUCAUUGGUGGGAAUGCACCAUUCAAAUAUGAUUGCCCAUUAGAAAGCAUCUCAUAAUGAAGCUGAUAAUACUUCCCUAUGGAUGUUCUCACUUUCACUUAAAUGAUCGUUCAAGCAAAGUGAGUCAGCUGAAGUGCUUUAGGGGUCUACAAUGUCCCUUUAAUUUUUUUAUUUAGCCAAUUUCUUAUGUUCUUUCCCUUUUAUCCCUACAUAUCUUUCUAGGUUUUAUCACACUUUUACAUACAUUCCUUCAUGUAGUUACAUACAUUCCUUAAUUUUGCAACUCAUUUAAUCCUUACUCUCUCCAUAGGCCGCCUUACUUGGUUGGUAUACAUUAUUGGUGCCGUGAUUGGAGGUAGAGUCUCCUUUGCCAGCACAGAUGAGCAGGAUGCCAUGGAUGGGGAACUAGUGUGUCGGUAAGCAGUGUAAGCUGUCCUAUUGAGCAGUGACCCUGUUCCUUGUGUCUAUGGUCAUAAAUUUAGAAUGGUGUGGAUCUAUAAUAGUGCCGGGCAGCAUAAACAUUAAGGAACAGAUUGUGUAGCCUAGCUGGAGGAAGCAAAUUAAUUUCCUUUAACUGAACAUGUCAGGAGGAUUAAAAAGCUAAAGCGAAUUUUAACUAUAUAGCCAUAAAGACUGUACUUGAGAAAGAGGGGAGGGCUUUCAUAGUCUGCAUACAGAAGGUCAGCACUGUUUGCUAGCUGUUUUUCAUGUAACCCAAAGAAAACAUGCAGCAAAAAAAUAUGUGCAUGUUUUUUUAGUGGGUUAUGUAAUAAAUGGCUAAAUUCCAGUGGUGUAUUCUUUUAAAUCCACAAAAAGGGAAUUUAUGAGCUUAAAAUCUUGUCCCCUUUGCACUUAUACUUACCGUAUAUACUCUAGUAUAAGCCGACCCAAAUAUAAGCCGAGGCCCCUAAUUUUACCACAAAAAACUGGGAAAACAUAUUGACUCGAGUAUAAGCCUAGGGUGGGAAAUGCAGCAGCUACUGGUAAAUUUCUAAAUAAAAUUAGAUCCCAAUAAAAUUACAUUAAUUGAAUAUUUAUUUACAGUGUGUAUAGAAUGAAUGCAGAGUGUGUGUGUGUGUAUAUAAUGAAUGCAGAGUGUGUGUUGUGUGUGUGUAUGUGUAUAUAUAUAUAUAUAUAUAUAUAUAUAUAUAUAUAUAUAUAUAUAUAUAUAUAUAUAUAUAUAAUGAAUGCAGUUUGUGUGUUGUGUUUGUGCAGUGUGUGUAAACUGGAUGAGGGGAGGGCAUUUUUAUUUUUUUAUUUUAAUAUUUUAUUAUAUUAUUUAUUUUAAUAUUAUAUUUUAAUAAUAUUAUUAUUUUAAUAUUUGCAUUAUUUAUUUUUUUAAUGUUUUUGUCCCCCCUCCCUGGCCAGGCAACAAGAAGGGAGGGGGGACAAAAAAAUCCAUUAAAAAAAAAAAAAAAAAUGCAAAUAUUAUAAUAAUAAUAUAAUUAAUAAAAUAAUAUUAAUUUAUUAUUAUUAAAAUAAAAUAAUAUUAAAUCCCUGGUGGUCCAGUGGCAUUGGCAGUUCAGUGGGGGGGCUGACAGUGAGCUCUUACUUACCUUCCUGCAGCUUCUGUCAGCUCCCUUCUCCUCCGUGCAGCUCUCCUGUCAGCUCCGUUCUGUUUACAAUGUAAGUCUCGCGAGACCCAUUUACACUGGGAGCAGAACGGAGCUGACCGGGGAGCUGCACGGAGGAGAAGGGAGCUGACAGAAGCUGCAGGAAGGUAAGAGUUCACUGUCAGCCCCCAACAGGACCGCCGGGCUUGUAAUGAGCCCGGCGGUCCUGGUCUGUAUUAUGACAAUGUAAGUUGCCAUAAUACAGACUGACUCUAGUAUAAGCCGAGUUGGGGUUUUUCAGCACAAAAAGUGUGCCGGAAAAACUCUGCUGAUACUCGCGUAAAUACGGUACUUUAAAGCAACUCCCAAUUAACUGUAUACAUCAUUUUAGUUAUUUUAGUAUUAAUAAGGCUUUUUUCCAUGCAUUUUGCCUCCAAAUAAAUUCUCUCCCUAUCUAUUUAUCUCUAUCCUGUUGUGUUCUUAUCUAGGGCUAAAAGUGGCUCUGUCACCAAAAAAAAAAAAAAAAAAUCUAAUCUGGUUCUAUACAGCUUUUUUUUUAUUUAUUUUUUGUCCUGAGUGCUUUAGGUUUGAUAAAACUCAUAAGAAAAAGUAGGAACUACUUUUCCUUAUGUCUAGCAGUCAAGUUGACAAAACUUAACAAUGGGCAGAGAUUACAGCAAGGUUCUGUUUCAGUUGCCAAUCGGAUUCAGCCACAAUCCAUCAGUAAAGUCAAUCCCACAGUAGGGCAAAUAGCUGACAUCAUGGCAGAAAAGAACAAAGUGACUGCACCCAGGUAUUGAGAUUUAGCAUAAGGAAUAAGAGAUAAAUAAAGGCAAGUGUUAGAGGGGUAGCAUAACCAUUAAGACACAGGGGGUAUAUUAGGAUAGAUAAUCCAAAAUAAAAAAAUGAGUCACUUUAAACAGAUUACAUUUUGGUGGGCUUUGUAAUGAUUUAGGACUCUGCCCCUUUUUUGUACCUGAAGUUGUUUGUUCACCUUCUGUUUUUGCAGAGUUUUACAGCUAAUGAACCUCACUGACUCACGUCUAGCACAGGCUGGCAAUGAAAAGCUGGAACUGUCCAUGCUGAGCUUCUUUGAACAAUUCAGGAAAAUAUACAUUGGAGAUCAAGUUCAAAAAUCCUCUAAGGUAAGACUACUAUGGGUACUUAUGAGAGACUAAUGCAGAAGACACACAGUGAUAAGAAUGUGUUGAAGCAAAGCAGAACAAUAAGUGCAUAUUACAUAUGUAUACAUACAUAUAAGGUGAAGUUUCUUUCUUAUAAAUGUUUUGACAAUUCUUGGGUGAAUAUCGUCCUAGUAAUAAAAUACAAAAGAGGAAAACAAUAGUGCAAUAUUGUCAGUUGUACAUAUAAGAGUGUAAAUAAUGGAUGGAAAUACACUCACAAGGUUGGAGCCAAUAAAUAUAGGCUCAGAUUUCCAGCUUAGUGGGGUAUAAAGGUCCCCACUCCCUUCUUUAGGUAGGUGGAAUGGUUCCAAAAAAUCAAAUAUCCUCUCAAUAGUAGAUAUAAAUAUGAAGUGCUUUAUUAUAAAGUGCACAUAAAGUAAAAAUAUUAAAAAUAGAAUAGAAAAACAAAUUAAUAAAAGUGAAAACCUUACAGUCCGAAGGUAAGUCCUUAAUAAGGUUUCUGUAGGUUCUUUGUAGUGCAAUACGCUUUUCGCCUCGCUGGGAGGCUUCCUCAGUUGCUGCUGCUGUCUUGUCUGUAGAUUUCCUUUUAAAUUCACCUCAAUUGGCAUUUUUUUCCUAACUUGCUGUCACUUCCGGUAUCGGGUUGUGCGUUCCAUAAGUGGAAAGCAUGUGGUUCACAUCCAUUCCUCUGUGUAUCGUGUAUUCACUUCCGGUUCCGGAUUCCAAGUUGUGCGUUCCAUUGGUGGAACGCAUGUGAUUCGUGUCCAUUCCUCUAUAUUGGAGCGCAUUCAUGCGUUCCACAUUGUUCAAUAUACUUAUGUGUGUGUCUCACCCCUUAUUCAAUCAUUUAAAAAAAGCAAAUUAUUGCGUUUUUAUUCCAUCAAAUAGUUAAUUUAAAAUCAAUGGGUGAGUAUAUACAAUAAAUACAUAAUGAAAAAGAGAGCAAAAAAGAGAAAAAAUUACAAUAAUUGUAUAAAUGAAUAAAGAUAUUUAUAUCACUAUACAAUAUAAAAUUCAAAUCUCAUAUACCGUGAGAUACUCAAAUAAAACCCAAAUAGUAGUUAAGAAAAUGGUUAUACAUAUAAGUGAACUCUUAUUAAAAGAAGAAAUAUAUUUGUAAAUAUAAUGGAUAUGAUAUUAAAAUAAACAAGUGAGCUAUAUAUAAAAAAGAUGCUUAAAAAUGGCAGACUUCAAAAUCCGAAUUUAAACCAUGAGGGAUGAAGGUUUUUAAGUUGUAAAUAAAACUCAUUUCUUCCUUUUCCAAUUUUUUAAUGUAGUUCCCUCCUCUCCGAUCUCUUUUUACCUCCUUUAUUGCGCAAAAAAAUAGGUUUUCUGGGUUUUGGUUAUGGGUCUGUUUAAAGUGUAAGGACACACUGUGGGUUUCUAAACCGUUUUUUUAUAUUUCUAAUGUGUUCUGCGAUGCGGACCUUUAGUGGCCGAAUCGUCCUGCCUAUAUAAAGUAAAUCACAUGGGCAUUUCAAAAGGUAUAUGAUGCCCUUUGAAUGGCAAGUUAGGUGGUCCUUGAUAAUAUAUGGUUUUUUUAAUUCUAUUUUCUAUAUUCACUAAAUGUCUUUUUAUUACUUUUCGUUGUUCUGCAUGGAAGGCACAUGCCGCAUCCUAAAAAAAGAUACCAGUAUUGGGACUAUCAUUUUAUUUAUUUAUUUAUUCUACGUACAUACAUUUCUUUCACUAACUAUCCUCUUGUCCCUAUAACGCGACCUACAUACCAUUUUUCUGUUUGUCUACUUCUUCUGAGGGUAUGUGAGUGAACCUCAUAUUUAUAGGUUGCUGCUUCCUCAUUUGUUUUUAGCUUCUAUUAGAUCAUUUAGCACUGAUCCAUUAUCCAUCUGAUAGCUUGGGGCGAACUUGGUGCCCACUGCUGUGCCACAGAUCUGUAAAUAAAGGGUCUUCAAACCAAAAUAAGUUGUUCGUUAAAAUGAGUAAUAUUCCCUAUAAAAUAAAAUCUAUUUUAAAAUCAGAUUUUUCUAAAAAAUAUUUUACUGCUGCCAUUCCUUUAUUAUAUGGGAACAAAGCAGAACAAUAAGUGCACAUUACAUAUUUUAUUUUGUGAUCACUUGGCAGACGCUCGUUUCUCCUUAUUGCAGCCUUCAUUUUCAGUGCUGUGGGGUUUAAAGGGGUUUUGGUUAUAGAAAAAUAUGCAGUAAAUCGGUUGGUAUGUCUGCAAGUGAGAAAAAUAAAGACUUUCAGUCUGCUUAUCUUUAUAUUUUUAUUUUUUUUCUCUAUCUCCAUAAUAGCUCUACCGCCGUCUUUCAGAUGUUCUCGGCCUGAACGAUGAGACUAUGGUGUUGAGCAUCUUCAUUGGCAAAAUGUGAGGCAUGUUAGGUGGUGGUGUGUGUUGCAUUCUACUAUCCUGUACAUAACCAGAUUGCAAGCAUGCAGGCAGGGCUUCCAGAGCAUAUUGUGUCUGUUUGUCUCUCAAACUAAUAUUUCCCUUUUAGCCACAUCCAGUAUUACUUAAUUUGUCUGUUCUGAAUAAAUAAUAGGUGAAUAUGCAAAUGAAUGUUCUGUAUGGGCACCUGACACCUAUCCCUUCCCCACUGCAUGUUUACCUUUCAAUAAUGUUGCCUUGUCCUCAUCCUGUUCUUUCCUUUCAAUCUUUGCCUGACCCUGUUGGCUUGUCAUCAACCUUUCCACAGAUAUUGCUUGUUAUUUACAGAGUGUAUUGAUGAUAUUGAGAUAUUAAAAUGCACAUUUCAAUAUUGGUGAGACUUGACGCAAACUAUUUUUUCCCACAGAAUUACAAACCUGAAAUACUGGGGCCGAUGUGAACCCAUUACUUCCAAGACUUUGCAGCUUCUGAACGACUUGUCCAUAGGAUAUCCUAACAUAUGAUGAUCUUUUGCUUGUGGGGGUGUUCUGGUUAUUGGGAAUUAUAUUUACCGUUCUAAGUUGGUAGUACAGUAACAUUAAAUCUAUUCUCAUUUGCAUAAAUUUCUAAGGGAAUAUAUCCUGUAUAUAAUAUAUUUUAGAGGGUAGAGUAUAUUAUUGUAAUUGAAUCUGGUGCUUUUCCUUAACCCCUUGCACAUACAGCAGUGUUAGAAAACUGGUGAAACUCAGUGCUGUGCAAUUCAUGCUAAACAAUCACACGGUAAGUACCAAUACUUAAAGGAACACUCCAAACCUCUAGUUAACCCCUAAAAUGCUUUAGGGGAUAAAAUAAUGUCCCCUAUUUUGACUUUGGAAAAGUGAUGAAUUCAAGAAAAAAACAGCACGUUUCUAAAGCCUCUGGGUUGCAACCCCCAGCUGUGAAUCAGGCAGACAGUGCUGGGGGGUAUAGGGGAAGAGCAGAGUUAAACACACCUGCAUUAAAAAAUGAAGGCAUUUAUAAUGCUGCAGUGUUCCUUUAACUCACCUUGUCUGUGAAUAGUUCAAAACCUUUUGUAGAGCUGUAUUGUCAUACAGUUCUUGAUAUGUUUCUGUUUAUCAUGUUCCUUGCUAGCAGUGAGGUUUUUGUGUUACAUUGUUUCUGACUCUGUCUAUAUGAUCCUAUAUGUCCUUUGUGAUGGUAAUCUGAUGUAUAAUUGUAGUGGUGGGUCUCCUUUUCCUUCCUUGGGUACAGGGUCCGUAAAGAAAUGCAUUCAACAGGGGGAACCCUUCAAUCUGACAUUCUUUUUGCAAACAUUAGUGAUGCAAACCGUAAUGUCUUGUUUUUCAUUAAUUCUGAAAAUAAUUUAUAAUGUUCACCUGAACCAUCUGUACUGCACUGUGGGGAUUAUGUGGUAAUAUAAUAUAAAAAAAAAAAAAAAAAUUUACUUUUGAAAAAUCUUUAAACAUACAAUUAGUAUAUGUCAGUUUACAUUUUUUUUUUUUUUUUAUGCUAUUGGGCAUACACAAAUAUAUUUACAAGUAGAGAUUCCAAUUUAGUAAAACUUAAAUAUAUAAAUACAAUAAUGAAACCUAAAACAAUUUCAUCCUUGAUUCCCUAUGUAAUACAGAUAGCAUCGCUAACGUCUGUCUGCUCUCAUAUCUCUGUAAUUUGUUUUCAGAGUGAGCAUUUCUCCUUCCUGGGCAUUAACAGCCAGUCAAACCUCUCGGACAUGCGAUGUAGAACCACCUUCUACACUGCGUUGGGACGACUCCUCAUGGUGGAUUUAGGUAUGGUGCAGUGUGUUGAUGGGGGAGUAUCCUGACAAUCCCUGGGUGUAUAUGCCUCUUCAUUAUGUUUUUUCUCCUGUUAGGGGAGGAUGAGGAACAGUUCUCUCAGUUCAUGCUGCCACUCACUGCUGCCUUUGAAUCAAUGGCACAAAUGUUUAACACUAACAAUUUCAAUGAGCAGGAGGCCAAGGUAAGACAUCUUGUCUUUGUUUAGUUGUGCUUUUAGUGGAGGCAGUCAAAUAAAGUUAAAGAUAGAGAUUUUGCAUGUUGUAUAAAUGUGACAUACACGGCAUUCAUACUGUAAUGUGAGAUAUAGACUACAGGAAAUACUUAUUAUGUAAAUGGUUUAAUAUACACCGGAUCCAACCCAUAAACUAAAACACGGGCUGGAGAACUAGACUAGAGAAAAGCCUUACUGCGACCAGUCUAUUAAAUUAAUAUCAAAGAAAAGCCCUGUAAUGGCAGUAAAGUCAGUGUUCAUGAUUAACAAAUGUAGACUCCGCCUUCCCUCCCCACCCCACCCCCCCCAAUUUAUACAUAGACUAAAAAGCAACUUUUAAGGAAGGGACAAUUCCUUACAGUGAAUGCCCACGAAAGGGAUUGGUUACGGUCAAGAUUCCCAUCUAUGAUUGGUCAUUUUGUGUCACGCUCUUAAUCACCUUGUAUUGAAAAGGUUUAUAGUUCAUCUUUAAUUAUAACAAUCGCCUUCUGAUUGUUACUGGAGUACUUGGUUCCAAUGGCUCCACUGUUCCUCUCUGCUUGGUCUUAUUGAUCUGUGUAAUAAACACAAUUUGUCUUCUUACCUGUGUUAAUGUACUUUUCUGUUUAUAAAUUACAAAGUUUUGGUUCAAUAAAGAGAGUAAUGCUUUUACUUUCCAAUACUAGUCUUGGGUGUAUUAUUGGACAGCAAAUCUGAAACCGUCAAAAUCAUUAGACGCGCCAUGUCUGCAGUACUGGAGGGACCUCUGUUAGGGAAACUACACAGUAAGGCUAUUUCAACUGGUACGCUCGCUGCAGACAAUCCACGCAAAGAUGACCAACUCAGAUGUGGCGCAUCUUGCACAGAUGGCGGCGUGUCAUUGCUAGUAGUAUACAGAACUGUGGUUCAGAUACUUGGCUUAAAAUAAUGAUGCUUUAACUGUGGUUUUUGUUUGGAAACUGAUAAAGAAUCCAGUUACUUUACAAAAAGUUGAAUUCACUGCUCUGCUGUCCUGGACUCCUCACAUGCCACACCUAACACUCAGAUCCAUUCACCAUGCUCCGCUUUAACCUCUCUGAAAAUCCACCAGAUGUGUGUCAGUAUCUUUUGUAACCUUGUUCUGUUGCACAGCAGAGCUAAAUAAUGCUAUAAAAUAUGUAUUUAUAUUCUGUACAAGGAAGAUUUAUCCUGCUCUGUUUAAGAUUCUGUUUUCCCUCUUGUAGAGGAGCCUUGUUGGAUUGGUGAGAGACCUGAGAGGGAUUGCCUUUGCAUUCAACGCUAAAAGCAGCUUCAUGAUGCUGUUUGACUGGAUGUAUCCUGAGAAUGGAGCUUGGGUUUACAAAAUGGUAGUGGGGGGGUUAUGUGUUAUUUCUAUGGCAAAUAAAGUGGAUUUUGGGUUAUAUCAUCUUAGAGAAAAUCAUAGUUUAAUUUACAAUGCAUGUCCAGACUUAGAGGAGUGCAUUAUUUAUUUAAAGUGGUUCAUUGUAAGUUUUACUGUGAAUUGUUUUUGUCUACAAGGUUUGCAUAAGCUCAUGUUAGAUGCAUGCAAUGAAAAGAAGCAAAGGCUAGCAAUUCUCUUCUGGGUAUAUAGAUUUGUAGAAUUAAAUCCUUAACCCUUACCAGAUACCCAGCCUACAUGCCCAUCCUCCAGAGGGCAUUAGAGCUCUGGUUCCAUGAUCCAGCAUGUACAACCCCUAUUCUCAAACUAAUGGCAGAACUGGUGCAUAACAGGUUUGGAUCCAGUUCUUGGCUGUCCUGCUCUUUCUUCUCCGUUCUUUACAAUCUUUUCUUUUUGUUGGAAAUUCCUUAUUGGUUGUGGUUUAUGUCUAGUUUCUCCUCCUUUUUCAGUCAUCCGUUUGCUUAAUUUAUUUAUUUUUUGUCCAUGCAGAUCACAGAGGUUGCAGUUUGAUGUCUCCUCUCCUAAUGGAAUUCUUCUUUUCAGAGAGACCAGUAAAAUGAUCACAACUUAUGGUAUGUAAAUAUCAGGUACCAAUUUAUCUAACUUUAAUAAUUGAUAUGACCUGAGAGCUUACUUCCAGGGACUGAUGUAAAUAGCCUUCAUGCUUUGUUAAAGCCUUCUGAGAAGUGGAAACAUUGCAACAUUUUUGAAAGCACUAAAUAAGCAGUCUGAGUUAUUUAUUGAACUCUAAAUUUCACAAAAUUAAGGGAGAGGGUUUAGGUAUACCCCCAGUGGGAAAAAACAAAUGCAUGUUUUCAUUGGGGGUAUGCCUACUUAAUUGCAUUAAUAAAAAAAAGUGUGUGUGUUUUUUAUUCAAUUUCUUCCUCCAUAAUAUAUAUUAUUUUCAAUGGAGUGUUCCUUUAAGUAUAAAUAGUUGUUUGAUAAAAAAAUAGAACUAUUAAAGGGUUACUCCAGUUUUCAUUACCACUACUUCUUUAAGAAGUGGUCAUGGAGGAACAAAUCAUAUGCACCCAGCAUUUCUACAUAGUUACUCCUGCUCACGUGACUUAGGUUGGCUUAAAGUUAAAUCUGUUAAGAAAUUACAUCUGUUGUCCCUGUGCUUAGCAACAGAUUUAAUGCGCGUCUAUCCUUACAGGUAGCACUGGGAAAUGUAGGGAGGUGGAGACAGUAGCAAGAGCUACUGGGAGCAUGCUCGCGAGAUCUAGAUCUCUUCUCCCGUCCUUUCUCAUUUGAGCCCUUUUAAGCUCUUGCUACUGUCUCCACCUCCCUACAUUUCAUUAUAUUCCUCUGAUUAUUUCUUUUGGUGUAUUUUGUAUUCUCCUCCCUCACUUGUCCACGCACUCAGAGCACACAUAUGCACUCUGAUCCAGUGAGAACGGCCAGUCAAAUGCUUUUUUAUGAGAAGCUAUAUAUUGGUCCAUAGAGUGUAAAAUUGAUGCGAUGUGGCAUCAGUUGGGACCUGGAAGCGCUCAAAGAGCUUCGCCGAGGUUGGAUUCUAGGUAAGUUGUCCCCCUAUUUACAGGUUUUGGGUUUGCGUAAAAAAUAAUUUUGCUGCUGUUUGUAUUCUUUUGGAAAUGUUUAAAACUUUACCAGUUUUAGAGCCAUUUUAAAACCAUGCAUUUGCUUACAGGGAAUAGGAUUUUGACCCUCGUGGAGCUGCCAAAGGAGCAGCUGUAUGUGUUAAAAUUGAAGGGCAUAUCCAUCUGUUUCUCGGUGCUAAAGGCUGCUCUGAGUGGGAGCUACGUAAAUUUUGGGGUCUUCCGACUGUAUGGAGAUGAGGCGCUGGAUAAUGCUCUGCAAACAUUUGUCAAACUGCUGCUUUCUGUGCCACACAGUGAUUUACUGGUACUUAGAUUCUAUUUAAAUCUAUUUGUGUAUAGUCAUGUAUACUGCAACCUAUGGUGUGUGUGUGUGUGUAUAUAUGUGUAUGUAUGUGUGUGUGUGUGUAUAUAUGUGUAUGUAUGUAUGUGUGUGUGUGUGUGUGUGUAUAUAUAUAUAUAUAUAUAUAUAUAUAUAUGUGUGUAUGUAUGUGUGUAUAUAAUAUAGCUCCACACAGUGACCUAUAUAAAUCACAUCUAAUUAUGUGUAUUAAGUUACCUUCUAACCUAUUGUAUGUCUUUGUCUGCUGAUAUGUACAGCCUGUAUUUAAAAUAUGUUGACUUAUCACAGAUUGCCUUCUGUCUAUAGCACAAAGUGAUCUGUUUAUAAUUUCACCAGCAAGAUGAAUGCGGUGAAUCAUAUUUUGAUGCAUUGUGAAACUAAACAUUUUGUGGAGAUGUGUUUAUAUGUCACUCUAUUUGUGCUAUGCUGGGUGUAAGUCUGUAACGUGAUGGUUUGUAUUUAAAUCACACUGUGCUUCCUGUGAUUCUUGUAACAAUAGCUUGGCUGAUAAAGCAUUAUUGUUCCUGUGAUACUGUGUGUGUAACACUCAUUACUUCCUCCCAUGACACACACAUCUAUUUUGAAGUGUUAGAAUAAGGUCAGACAUUCCAGUUGGUAUAUGUAUCACCACCUAUGUCUGCCAUAUUCCUUCAAUUUUCUCCAACAGUCACUCCCCUUACACUGUCAUGAACAUAUUUACAUCCUCAAAGGUUUUUAUUUACCUUUUAACCUUAUUGUUUUUAUAUGGCCCAAAUCUCAGUUCUACUAAGCUUAUGAGUGCUUACAAACUAUGGAAUAUUUUAUUACACCAGGCAAAGAUAGUUGUAUUAUAGUGUGUACUUUAUUGUGCUUUCCCUGUGUUUUUGUUUGUCUGUGCGCCACUUAUCUUGCCCCAUAAUUUGCAAUUAUUACACUAGGUUCAUACAGUCCUGGCACUGUUAGCAACCCUAAGUGUAUCCGCUUGGGAAUUUGUGUUGCCCUGAACUCAGUGAUUGUUGUUACUUUGUGUAACACUGAGUGUGCCCCCAUGUGGUUGCAGGAUUACCCCAAGCUCAGUCAGUCCUAUUACUCGCUUCUGGAGGUCUUGACUCAGGAUCACAUGUCUUUCAUCGCCAGCCUCGAGCCACAUGUUAUCAUGUACAUUCUGUCCUCCAUCUCUGAGGGGCUCACAGCUCUGGGUGAGUAACAGUUUACCAAAUAAUACUCUGACUUUCAUCUCAUUUUCCUUUGUGACUGAAUAUUGUAUGCCCACUGCCUGCUACAUUAAGUGUUAGCAUGGUCCUUUCUUAGUGGAAUAUUAUUUUUUUUUCCCUCUAACAUUGUCAUUUUCCUGAAGACACCAUGGUGUGCACAGGCUGCUGUUCUUGUCUGGACCACAUAGUCACAUACCUCUUCAAACAGUUAUCCCGAACUGGUAAGAAACGAGGAGCCCCACCACCACAAGAGAGCGAGCGCUUCCUGCAUAUUAUGCAGCAACACCCUGAAAUGAUCCAGCAGGUAAUCCCAAAAAAAUAAUAAUCUCCCUCUGUUCACCAUUGAGUGAACCCUAACCUGUAGCAUGCAUUAUGCUUCGCAGUCUUUCAGUUUUUCUCAACCAUUCUCCAUGACCAGUUAUCAGUUGCAAUCAGUUUUGGAAUUAUUUGAAAUUUACAUGCAUCCUUCUUUCCCAGAUGCUCUCCACUGUUCUCAACAUCAUCAUAUUUGAAGACUGUCGGAAUCAGUGGUCCAUGAGUAGACCUCUCCUUGGUCUCAUUCUCCUCAAUGAGAAGGUACCAAUUAUAAUUUUGUAUUGCCAACAACUGGCUGCAUUGUCUGUAAUGCCUCACUCUAUUGACAUACUCAUAAACGUUUAUUUCCGUAUGAUAUACAUUCCCAAACACCCACUCACUAUCAUCCUUAACCAUGUCUUAUUGUCCCUUGAUUUUUUUUUUUUUUUUAGUAUUUCUCAGACUUGCGUAGCAGCAUUGUUAGUAGCCAGCCCCCUGAGAAGCAACAAGCCAUGCAUCUAUGCUUUGAGAAUUUGAUGGAGGGCAUUGAAAGGAACUUGCUCACAAAGAAUAGAGACAGGUCUGUAUGCUACCAUACUAUAGUGAUAGAAAUAUAGAUGAACAUCUCAGAGAUACACAUGAGAUGCUCAUAGAAUGUAUUAUUUAUCAUUUGGUUUAUCAUACUGCAUCCACCUUUAUGUUAGUGGUUUAUUUCAAGGAGUUUUGUUUUUUUCCUUUCUAUUCUUGACUCAUUCAGCAUAGGAGUUCCAACCAAACAAAUUAAUUCUCAAUCCCCACUGGCACCAGUAAAAUGAGAAAAGUGGAGAAUAGAAGCAAGUUAAUUUUUGAAAUUGUAGUUGCUGUGGUCUGCAUUUGAAGAUUGUAUGUGUGUGCUCCUCUCAAAAAGAAAAAAAAAAAGACUACUCCGUACUUUUAAUUUAAGGAUCUCCUUAUUCACAGAAUAUGGUCUUAUUCCUAACCUGUCAAGCUUCAUGAAAUUGUUGCACAAGGUGGAUAGCACAUGAUUUACACUAACUGAACUGCCUAGUCAGUAGUCGUAGUGUACAUAAAGGUUUGAGCAAUCAUAGGACAAUAUGGCACAUAACAUACAUUCAUAUCCAGAAGUGGUACAGGUUUAUGCUUUCCAUAUCUUAAGAGUGACGCAAAGCAUCAUAAACACUUUAUCAUACUGACAUAUACUGGUAAGUGUCAUUAGUCUGUGGGUGCUGGCCUUGGAUCCUAGUCAAACGAUCUUCGAGCUGUUUGACCAAAGCACCCAUAGACCCCCUGCUCCUCUGUUGCUAACUCUUUUAAAGCCAUUUAAAGUAUGAUUGAAACUGGCACUGUCAGUGCCAAAGUAGAACCUCCACAUUAGCAAUAGGUGAGCAGAGGUCAGGCCCUGGGUGCUUUGGUUUUGGUAAAACCAGGGGUCAACCAUCACAGCCUAAUGAUACCAUUAUCUGCUGGAUUGGUACAUAUGAAGAUCAAAAUAUUAAACUGCAAUGAUACAAUCUGCUGCCAUACUAAUUGCUGCUGGUUCUUCCUGUAGGUUCACACAGAAUCUUUCUGCCUUCAGACGAGAAGUGAAUGACUCUAUGAAAAACUCCUCCUGCGGCCCCAACAGUAAUGAGAUGAUGAGCUGACCUCUCCCUUCACCAUCAACCAUCUCUUUCCCCCUUCAUCUCCCUUCCCUUGUACAAAAUCCUGCACAUUUUUUGGUAACAUUUUGAAUUCUUUCUACGGAAAGGGGGAGUAGUAUGGCGAGUGGAUCUCUGCCCCCUCUCCUCUCAGAGUGGAGGUUGGUUGUGUGCUUAAAUGCGAAUGAGAGACACCAGUUCACCUGGACUGAGCCCCUAUUGAAAAUUACAAAUAUAUAUAUAUAUAAUGUAUGUAUGUGUCAUUUUGAGUGACCAGUAAGCUCAACCCUCACUUCCCUGCCUCAUCAGCGUGGAUGUAUGGAGGAUUGGCAGAGCAUUACUCUGUUAUGGUAAAGCUCUGCAGAGACUGCACUGAAAGGGUGAAACAGGUUCUGCAAGGACGUUUUGUAAUAAAUAAUCCUCUUUACCGAGGGAUGCAGUCCUCUCACUGCUACUUAUUUUUGGUAGGUUAUUUUAAAACAUUAUAACCUCACAAUUCUAUACAAAGGUCAAACGUCAGCCUCCAACAAGAUGGAACACCUAGAGAUAUUUCCGCUUACCUCUUUGGGAAUGCCCUGUUCGCUGACAUGACAAAUACAAGGGAAUGGUAUGCAAGGUAUUGAAAGGAAGGUUGUCGAGUUCAGAAUGGUUUGUUCAAUGCUGCUAACAAUGAUCUAGAACCAUACUGGAAUCAUGAAAAUCUACGUUUACAGAUCCGUUGCUUGUUCCUAUCUAGAUGGCAGGUGCUGGUGCAUCUGCGCUUCUCAAAUUAGUCUGUCUAAACCUGACUACCUACAUUUAUACUCUGUUUCCCAUAAUUGUGGUGCAACAGCCCUUUGGUUUGACUCAUGGUUACCAGAGCUAUAACAGCUAUGCAUUGUUACAAAGCUGGUGCAUUGUUACAUACUGGUAAAUAGGAGGUCAAAUCAACAUAUUCAUGAUUUUGCUGUAGAGUAUUUAUAACAAGUCUUUUCUGCCAGCUGAGACCAAUUCUACAUAAGCAUUCGCUAUUUGCUGUAAAAGAAGAAAAUUAGUCAAAUGGAAAGAUAACCAAACAUUUUGAUAAAAACACCCACAAUUAUGUUUUUCAGUUUUUAUUUAAAAAAAAGAAAAAAAGUGGUUUACAACACACAAGUUAAAUUUUUUUUUGCACCUUUAGAUUAUAACCUCAUGAUAGCACUUAGUAGAUGGAAGGCACUCUAAUAGCAAGUGAUGUGAAUAGACUGUUUUUAUUGUUAUUCACUUCAAGAGUAGAAGUUUGCAACUGUAGAUAGUUUGGGGGUUUUUUUGACACAAGAAAUGCAGAUUGAGAUAAUGAUGGAAAGAUUUUUUUUUUUUUUUUGUAUCAUUGGAUGUCUUUGGGCUCUUAAAGUGGCUAUGUCAGUGUAUUUCAUAAUGUACUCUUUAUGAAAUAUUUAUUGACUGUGUUCAAAUUAUUUUUAUUGAGAAUCCAACACAAUUUAAAGAUAUCGUAAGACUUUAGGGACUGCUUUGUCUCAAUCAGCUGUGAUGUACUCUCAUGCAUGCCCUAGAGCAGGGCUGUCCAACCUGCGGCCCCCCAGAUGUUGCUGAACUACAACUCCCAUGAUUCUUUCAAUGAAACAGAUAGCCAGGGAAUCAUGGAAGUUGUAGUUCAGCAACAUCUGGGGGGCCGCAGGUUGGACAGCCCUGCCCUAGAGUACUACACUGAUAUGGCUCCUGGGAGAUGAAGGUUCCCAGGAAGAUGAUGGCAGCAGGCAUGUGGGACAGCUUCCAGGCCAGUAUAUCCACCUUCCACUGCACCCUAAGCAACCAGUAGUCUUUCUAAAAUAUACACAGACCUCUGAAAGUUACAGAUCUUAAAUAGGUCAUAUGCCCCAUCUGCAGUCUUGCAAAUAUUGGAAGGAGCCUUCACCACCCCUCCCCCUUGAAGUAAUAUUCAUAUGAUUUGAUUAAAGGACCACUAUAGUGCCCUGAGGGUGCCCCCACCCUCAGGGUCUCCCUCCCGUGGCACUGAAGGGGGGGAGAAAGGGGUUAAACUUACCUCGUUCUCCAGCGCUGGGCGGGGAGCUCUCCUCCUCGGCUGAAUGUGCAUGCGCGUCAGGAGCUGCACGCGCAUUCAGCCAGUCUCAUAGGAAAGCAUUUAAAAUGCUUCCUAUGGACUCUGGAGUCUUCUCACUGUGAUUUUCACAGUGAGAAGCACGCAAGCCCCUUUAGCGGCUGUCAAGAGACAGCUACUAGAGGCUGGAUUAACCCAUUUAUAAACAUAGCAGUUUCUAUGAAACUAUGUUUAUUUAAAAAAAAAAAAAAGGGUUAACCCUAGCUGGAUCUGGCUCCCAGACCACUUCAUUAAGCUGAAGUGGUCUGGGUGCCUAUAGUGGUCCUUUAAGAAACUAUAGUCCAGGUUCUAGACUGUAAAUAACAGCUUCUCUUCUUUUUAGAUUUGUUCUCAAGCCUAAACCGCUGUAGGGAGUUGUUCUAUCUGCAUUUUACAGGGUUUUGACUAAAUUGAGAAAUCAAAGUGAAUUAAAGGUGCAUUUCAAAUUUAAGGUCAAAAUAGCUGAUUUGGAAAAAUGUGUUCAGUUUUGUAUUAAUUUUGAAUUAAGCUGGUGAUGACUUUUGUUCAAUUAAGCUUAUGGCUGAUUUUAGUUAAAACUGAUGAAUAGUGAUGUCCCGAAUGGUUCGCCGCGGACUCAUCCUUGAGUAAACUUUGACCCUGUACCUCACAGUCAGCAGACACAUUCCAGCCAAUCUGUAGCAGACCCUCCCACCUCCUGGACAGCAUCCAUUUUACAUUCAUUGUGAAGCUGCAUUCUUAGUGAGCUGUCCAGGAGGUGGGAGGGUCUGCUGCUGAUUGGUUGGAAUGUGUCUGCUGACUGUGAGGUACAGGGUCAAAGUUUACUCAAUGAUGAGUCCGCUGCGAACCGUUCGGGAUAUCACUACUGAUGAACUAUUUUUGGGUGCAAAUUCCCAAACUGCUGCAGAAACCUCAUAAAAGAUUUCCUUGUUAAUUCACUUUAUUGGUGUCUAAAAUUGCACAUAUGUCACAACUCAAUUCUUGUCUCCUCCUCCUAUCAUUUUUAUGUAUAUAUAAUAUAAAUAUAUACACACACAUAUUUAGUAAAAAUACACAAAUCUCUCCUAAGCCUUAAAAAAGAAACCUAUAAAUUGAAACUAUCUUUUGUGAGGAAUUGCCUUCUUCAGUUAACAAUUCCCCUUUAUUUUUCCUUGUUAGUGUGGUACAUUGUCCAAUCAAAUGCUUCCCACAGAGAAGCAGUGUGGACAAGUCUUCAGUCCAAAGCCUCUCCAAAACAUUGCUGUAUGAUCAAGUGCCAUACGAGUAUUCAUUUUUGUGUUCCAAUAACUAUGGUGUCUGCUCGUAAUAAAAUGGGCAUCCUACGUAAGGAUUACAUAAAAGUUUUAUUAUAUCCAUUUAGUUAACCCAUAUUGGUUAAUGUUGAAGGUGCCUUUCAAGAUAUGCAUUGAUUGAUAGGCAGAAGUCUAUGAAACAAACUUGUAAACACCUUAAGGAACACCACCAACAAGAAUAUACUCCACAACAAACCGACCUUUCAAGAUCUUAUAGCAAAUUGCAAUGUCCCUAUCUUUAACAAAUGCAGGGCUGUUAGGUUAUUUAAAGGUACAAAUGCAAAAUAAACAUAAGUAGGAAAUUUAGGGACCACACUGGAAUCCUGUAAUUGUUUACCAACACUGUAGGAAAAUCUGCUCUUGCUUAAUAUGUGGCUUGGACUAUAUUGAGUAUUUUAAAGUUCUUUAGGACUUUAUUAGUUCUUCUCUCUGCUAAUCCAGAAGCAUAUAUUUAUCAGCCACAACAUUAAAACCAUCUGCCUAAUUUCAUGUAGGCCCUUCUAAUGCUGUCAAUAAAUAAAUAAAUAAUGAAGGGAUGGUAACCCCUCUAUAGGCACCUAGGUCUACAUACUCAGAGCCAGGUCAUAUUUGCUCUACAAAAGGUGAGCAAAACCACCAGCACUUAUAUGUAUCUCUAAGCAUUAGAACAUACUUCUCUAGAAAGUUCAUCUUGUCUCGUGAGGAUACCAAUUCUGGACAAGAAAGGGUGCAGUGUCACCUACGACACGAACGCUGAUAUGAUUUGAGCCUGUCCCCUACAGUUGAUAUGUGUGUGUUAUACCUCUAAAGUACAUUUUUUGGAUUUACACUGUUUUAUUCUAUUUCCUUGAUAUGUACUCAUUUUACACCUGAGUUCAACACUCUUUUUAGGGUAAGUAUAUAUCCUCUUUGCAUGUAGUGCUCCACUCACACAAUUAGUAUAGAUCUGGGUAUAUAACUCACAUCUAACUGGUUUGUUUUUAUGUAUCAGAUGUAUGUGGGUAUAAGUGUUUCAAUCUGGAGGGUACCAUUCCAAAAUCAAUUUUCUGCUCCUUUUGUGCAUUUUUGAAGUUUUGUACAUCUGUAACAUCACCUUUUGCCAAGUUGCUAACAAGAAAGUUUGGUGUAGUUUUUUUUUUUUUUUACCAUUUACUUAAAUUGGGUAGCUUCCCCGCUGAUCUUGUUGCAACCUGGAGCAUGAUUUGUGGUAUGAAAUUAUUUGCUCAAUAUGGUUUGUCCUGUAGGUUUGGAGGCUGGAUUUUCUGAAAUUCCAAAGUAUGUUGCUUACAUAGAAAUGGGAAUAUUUCUUCAGUUGUUAGGUAGUAAAGCAAUGCCAAUUGAGGUCUAAAUUGAUUUUCUUAAUCCCUGCUGUUGAAAGUCAAGGGUUAAGAGCUUUAGGGUAUGUAUUUGAGCUAAAUAAGGUGGGUGCCAUGUGUGCAGUAGCUUUAUGUUUGGAUGUUUAAUUUUGAAUAUUAGUGGCUUCGGAGCCAAAAUAAAGAUGAAAGGGUAUAGUGGACAGCCAUGCUUUGUACCAUUGGUAAUUUGGAAUGGUGGUGAGAAGAAGCCUGAGUUUAAGACCUUAAUUGAGGGGGCGGAGCAUAUAAGGCCUUAAGCACUCUCAGGUAUGAAAGGUGGGAUCGAAAUUGUGGAGUGGUGUAACUGUAGUCUCUGCAUCUUACGCUAGGAGAAAGCCCUUGAUUGAGGUGCACGUUAUUUCUAGGAGGUUUAACAUUCUCAUGCUGUUGUCAGAUGCUUGAUUGCCUGGGCCAAACCAGAUUGUUUUUGGUCAGGCAGUAAAGUAUUGAGAUUGGAUGCUAGCAAUUAUAGUUUUGUGUCUGAAUUUGGCAAUGAGAUUGGACAGAUGCUUAGAGCAUUUGGAGGGGAGGGGGUUCUUGAAGAGUUUCUAUCAUGGCUUCUAACAUUUAUGGUGCAAUUAGCCCAGUGUCUAAUAUGGUUGAACAUUUGUGUUAAAUGGAGAACAAGAACAGAAGUCAUUAAUUUAUCAUCGUGAAGAUAUCUGGUCCAGGGCCUUUAAUGGUUCUGCUUAUUUAUUGAUCUGCAACUGGUGCCUCUAGUGACUCUUUUUAAGCGUGUGCAAUAUAACACAUCAAACAAUACCCCAUAUAAUGUGCAGUGAUACUUAAUUUUUAUGAGCAGGAACCUCAUGAGGAAAAAAAAUAAAUAUAUAUAUAAAUAUAUAUAUAAAAAAAAUUCUUCCCCUUUUUGGUUAUCUAGAAAGAUAAGACACACACUAAAUAAUGUAAUCUUUAUACCUUACGCUGAAAAAGAGAAAUAUAAACUCACAGAUUGCAGAGCCAUUCUAGGCUCUGCACAUUUCACCUGGGGUUCCUUUAUGAGACUAAGGAAAUUGGUACAGCAGGAUGAUUUUAUUUAUUGGUAGACCUGUCAGUUUAAAUUUUGUGUCAGAGACACCUAUUCAUGACUGUAUUCUGGAUUUAAAUAUUUUUUUCUUGCCAUCUUAUUUUAAGCAUAAACACUUUAAAGCAAAUGGAUGCUCCAGGCAUACUUACCCGAAGGUGUUCCAUAUAACUGUUGCCAUCUUCUUUCAUUUGACCCUUUUCAACUUCUGGUGAAUCAUUUGCCAGGAGUAGCAUCAGUGCUGUGGACACUAAGGUCUAUAAACCCACAGCAGCAUCUACCGAUCACACUUUGUAAUAAGAGAGAUGAUGCCUUAACACCACAGCCAUCACUUGUGACAGCUGCUGACACUGAAUUAAAGUUUACCAGACAAGACAAAGUAGUCCCUACAUUGUCUUAUGGUAUCUUUGGAUUGUGCUGUAAUUUCAGUGAAGCAUAAGUAUUUAAUAAAGAUAUGAGCCAUUCCUUUUUGACAGCAUGUAUCAACAUUGAUUCUGGAACAGUGGAAUCAGUUUUCAUGCAUAGGCUUAGAAAAGGCUUAUGAUGAACCCUUGUAGUGUAAAGACAGACCAGUUUCUGCUUUAACUGGACUACUAACCUUAUUCUAGCUGUAAUCACAACACAAACAUUUGCUUAUCUGUUUUCAUAAUCCUCUCACAGAAAACCCAAUAGCUCUGAGAGUAGUAAAAAUAUGGUAGGUAGGACAACUGAAAGCAUGUACUAGGAAUCAAAAGGAAUUUGCCUUCUAGACUCAUAUCCUCUUAUGGUUUAUCUGUAAGCAUACUUUUUUUUUUUUUUGUAAUGGAAUUAAUGUAAACCUGAGAUUAUUAUAUUAUACUUCUGUUGCUCUGCUACUUUCUGAUAUUAGCUACGUUGUUCAUAGCUUUUAAAAAAAAAAAAAAGUAGCCCUCCGUUCAAUGACUGAAGUGGACAAACAAAAGGCUAGCAUGCACAGAAUAAAACGGGUAGCACUGGGGUACUGUUCUGCUUAUGCAUCAGUGGAAUGCUUUGUUUUAAGACAGGUGGUUAGAUAUUGAAACAGGAUCUCACUGGGCAGAGUCUAAUAAUAAAACAUUUAUCUUUAACCCCUUAAGGACCAAACUUCUGGAAUAAAAGGGAAUCAUGACAUGUCACACAUGUCAUGUGUCCUUAAGGGGUUAAACAGACGCUAUAUGCACCAAAACAUUAUCUUAAUGAAGCAGUUUUGGUGGCUGGAUCAUGGGCCUGCAGUCUCACUCAAUUCUCUACCAUUUAAGAGUUAAAUAUAUUUGUUUAUACUGCUCUAGUCACAUCUCCCUUCAUGUGACUGACGCAGCCUUCCUAAACACACUACUUGAAAAGGAAGCUAGAUAUUCUGGAUUCCUUUAUUGCACAUUAUGUUUAAUUUAUAUUUUCUUAUCUCUUGCUCUGUUAAUAGCCUUCUAGACUCUAUGAGAGCCUCCUCUGUGUAAUUAAAGUUCAGUUUGCAAAGCAGGAAAUAAAAACAUCUAAAGCAAGUUAACAUCUUACUGAAACCCUUUUUUAUGCAGGUUGUGAGAAUCAGAGUACGUUUGACUAGGGCUGAAUAUACAGAAACAAAAGUAAUUUAACUCCUAGAUGGCAGAUAAUUGAGCAGUGAGACUGCGGGACAUGAUCUAUACACUGAAACAGCUUCAUUAAGAAAUUUGUUGAUGCCUAUAUUGUUCUUUUAAUUAUAACCAGACUGUAUUUAAAAAAA